AUGGUCAGAGAGCUGGAGGGGAGUAACAGAAAGACUGGAAAUAGGACAGCGUCUAGGAAAGAUAAGGUCCAGCUGGUUGCCGGCCUUGUGGGUAAGAGUCCCCCAUCUUUGGGCCCUCCCCCCUCGGGCCUGUUGUUCGUCCUGAUGUGCUGCCCCCUGCUGGUCCUGCUGCAGGCUGCCAGCAGUCACAAGGGCAGCGAGAGUGGACAGACCCACCUGGGAGACAGCGACCCAGACCGCUGCAUGAGACACCACUUUGUAGAGACCAUCACACACCCGAUCUACAAGUGUAAUUCCAAGAUGGUGCUCCUGGCUCGCUGUGAAGGCCGCUGCAGCCACGUAUCCCGCUCCGACCCGCUCAUCUCCUUCAGCUCGGUGCUCAAACAGCCCUUCAAGAGCUCCUGCUCGUGCUGCCGGCCGCACACCUCCAAGCUGAAGGCGGUGCGGCUGCGCUGCGCCGGCGGGACUCGCAUCACCGCCACCUACCGGUACAUCCUGGCCUGCACCUGCGAGGAGUGCGGCUGA